AUGGCGACCACAUUUGCAGCAUCAACACCUUCACCUCCCCCUACCAUCCGAACUCCACCAACGCCCAAACACGGCUGGAGUGACAACUGGGAACCCUACUCUCCUCGCAAAUCGGCGCGCAUUUCAUCCCGUCGAGCUGCCAACCGAACUCCUUCUCCCCAGCCGCCAUCCCACCGCACUCCUCCAAGGUCAACCCGCAAGUCCGUCGCACCUUCCAUCGCCGCCGCCGCCAUCAUGUCGCCGGCCUCCACCCCUCAGAAGAAGCGCCAGCCCGCUCAAGACUCAGUUCGGAGGGCGCCUGGUUUCUUGUCCGCCGCAAGCAGUUCGCACGCCGCUGCAUUGCUCGGAAGUGACAGCAUGGACCGUCCAUCCAACAGCACGUCCGUCACCCGCCGAUCCGGUAUGCUGCCUACCCCGGCCAAGACACCCAAGAAAGCGCCGUCCGAGAAGCAGACCGCCCAGAUCAAGUCAGUAGCGCGCAAUCUGUUUCCGACCGAUGACGAGGCACUGGCUUCCUCGAAGAGAAAGCGAACCCCCAAGAAGUAUUCCGGCAACUCGUUGGAGAGCUUCACUGCCACAGAAGUUGAACAGCAGAUUGAGAUUUUUACCGACUCGCAAGAACGCAUUCCCGAGCCCGACAAGAGCAUCGACAACCCGUUCUACGGCGAUAGUGCCGCCGUUGACCGUGAGCCCCCUCGCCGCCGUAGCAAACGCAAGGUCGCAGUUCCUGGCGAAGCCGCCCAGCCUGUCGAUGAGGCGCUCCAGCGUGAGGAUGGCAUGGUCUACGUCUUUCGAGGAAAGAAGAUUUUCCGCAAGUUCGCCGAGCCGGAGGACGAAGAGGACGAUGAAGAGAGCAGUUCGGGCGAAUCUCACAUUCGGAAGCCUCUCACACGCUCUUCGAUUAAGCCGCGCCUGUUGUUCCCUGUCGCGUCCAAGUCGUCAGCUAUUGGCUCCACACUCGAGGAAGAAGAGGCUGUCACAGACAUCGAAGAUCAUCACCUCGAGGAGCACGAGAAGGAGCCGGAGGAGUCUUCAGAGACCCCGGCUGGGACCCAGAACGAGUGCCCGCCAACCCCACAAGCGCCCAAGUUCGGCCUGACAGUUGCCACGCCGCCCGAUACCAGACGUACUACUCGGUCUGGCCUGAAGUCUGAAGAAGCGACCCCGAUCAAGCGUAAAGGCCGGCAGAGCCCCUUUGACGACUGGCCGCGGGUCAAGAGCCGCCAUGAGAGCUCGUCUAGCAAACGCGCGGGAGACGACCUAGCAGUUCCUACCACCAAGCGGGCUCGUAAUUGA